CGUAACCUUUAACCCCGGCACACAGCAACGCUCGGUUUCCUGGAAUCGGCUUGUCAGAUUGGGGCAUUUCUAAGUAAAACUAUUCAUAGGGGACAACGAACCUUGACAAGCUGGGCCAGGCAACUAGUUCCCAGAAGCGGAUGCAAACCUCCAGCACGUAGACUCGGAGAAAAUCCCGGCGUUUGUGGCAGAUUUUUGUGUGUUUUGGCGUCGGUAGACUGCCGGAGUGGUGCUCUUUUCCGCCGAAAGUGGCGUAGGUUACCGAGAGCAGGAAGUGGCGGGCGUCAUGGCACGGACUCAGCGGUAAAGCUGAGCGCUACCUUCGCGACCUUCUCGCUUGUGUGGGCGCGGGUGUAUGGAGGUGAUCGACCCCGCGCUGACGGCUGCAAGUAGGCAAAGGUUAUGGUCGAUUCCACCGUGUGCGAUCCCGGGACGAGCUACGAGGUUCAUCGGCGGAACGGUGCCCAGGACAGACCGGCCAAGAUGAGGUCUCGGCUGCCUCCCAACGCCAAGGCUCGCAGCACGGAGUUCGACCUUCAACGUAUCAUGAAGACAGUGAACUUGCUCGAGGCGAGCGGUUGGUACUGGGGAUCUCUACCGGGAGGGAAGGCUAAGGCGCUGCUUCGGCCCAAACAGGACGGGACGUUCCUCGUUCGGGACAGCGAGAACUCGGCUCAUCUCUUCAGCUUGAGCGUGAAGACUCCCCGGGGCCCGACCAGCGUCAGGAUACAGUACACCGAGGACGGCAAGUUCAGACUGGACUCGGACAAAAAGUCGGACACGCCGGAAUUCGACUGCGUGGUGAAACUUGUGAACUACUACAUGGCAGAGACGAUAGCGGGACGGGACAAACAUUUCUGGUUGGAGCCCAGUGGGAGAAGGGAGGUUCCGGUCAAACUUUGCCGCCCGUUGAAAGGACAGGUUCCCGCCUUGCAGCAUCUGUGCCGCACGGUGAUCCACAGACACAGGACCGACGGGGAGGUCGACAAACUUCCGCUGCCUGCCCCUCUACGGAAAUUCCUGCUGGACUAUCCGUACAAAGUAUGACCCAUUCCACAAGGUGAAAAAACUUGAACUUCGCAGUAAGACUAUUACUAUACAAACUCAGUGAACCACUGGACUUAUCAAAGUACGUUAUCACUGUAAAUAUUCAUGUGACUCUUAUAUAUAGCCAGUAAAAGUUGCAAAACUUAUACAAACUUCCGGUCACUGUCGAUCUAGUCCUGACCGGUUUAUCCAAAUGUGAGUAACUUGUGUACAUAAUGAGGAUACAAAAUCCGUGCCAGUUAUUUAUAUCAGAAAUUGACAUUUUUAUUUAUGGACAGUUGUCUGUUAUUAUACUGUGUCGGCAUAAUAAAUUUUGAAUGCACAGUCAGUCAGUAGUGCAGUGCAAGUUGUAGCCCAGCCUCUGUGCUUCAGAAGCGGAUGGAAAGAGUAGAAAUUGGCCAAAUAGACGGAUAUCAUGCAAGGGGAAUAAUUUGGUCCGCUAAAGGGGUACAGUCUAGUAGGGCCAUUUCUACUCUUGCCAGCCGCUUCUGAAGCCUGAGAGGGGCUAGUUGUAGCCACAUGUUUUUGUAAAGCCCGUAAAUUCCAACCAACAGGCAUUUCCUCUGUCGUCUGUUCUGUAGCUAGGAAACGUGGCGAGGGAACAAAAAGGCCAGUAUGUCCUCAGAGUUUAGACUAGGUCAGGCAUGAGUAUGCGCCGUCACAGUGGAACCCUCCCGUGCAGAGCAGGAUUUAGAGAUUACACCACAGCCAAUCUCUCUCACGAAAGGAUAGAAGACAAUAGUAGGAUGAGAUUAUGUUGCAUGUCUCGUUGUACGUCUACGAUAAUGUUCGUAUCUUGCCCCGACGUUAUAUGUAAACUGUAAAGCUCCACGGUGCACAUUUGCAUUUUGUUGCUAUUAAUAGAGUGUAUGUAUGCCACUUGAUAUUGUGACCAUAUUUGGCACGAAAUGUUGGGUUCGCGGAACAAAGAAGUUUCCCGUGUUGAGCACCUAGCUGAGGUGUUACCAAAUAAGGGGCGGGUCUGGUCUAGGGAUUGUUGCAAGGGAGGGGGUGGAAUGGGGGAGGGCAAAAGUCGAAAAAGGUUGCUCAAUCUUUAAAAUGCAAGGAAAUAUUGCACAGUUUGGCGUAAAAAACAAAAUUGUAUAAUGCCCUGCCACCUUAUAAUCCCACUCCCAAUACAGUAUCUCUACAGUACUCGGUAUUGGGAAAUCAUAUCAAAUUCAAUGUAUUUCUCCACCUUAGUUGCAAGCGAGUCGGAACUGUAUGAUUAAUUCAGAAUACGGCGAAUGUGGCGCUGAGUGUAUUAUGUAUGGCUGUUACCACGAAUCCAAUCUGUACUGUCGUCAGCUUCCAGGAACCAAUCCGCCAUUUUCCAAGUAUUCUUGGUAAGCGACGAAAAAGGGCCGUGCCCUGGAUACAUAAUAAAACAGUUCUUAUUAGAUUGUCAGAGA